AUCCACCCUAAUGUAAAUAAAUGUUGUAAAGAAGAAGAUUGACAAUUAAGUUCCCACAACAGCAUUCUCAAAGUCGAUUUCCCUGGGUCUUAUUUUAUCCUUUUUUUCUCAAGCUCACAUGUCCAUUUGUCAUUUUGAUGACUCCACGUGGGAAAAGAGAAAAGAAAAAAAAAAAGGCGGUGCACAAAACCGAAUAUGAAAGAGAAAAUAUGGGAUACGGGGGUCGUGAGAAUUUUUGUGGGUUUUUUUCCAAUUCUUUGCGGAGAGGCGUUGCUCGUGGUGCAAUUUUUAAGCUCUAUGGGUCUUGUUUCUAUGUGAGUGUGGAGUCUUGGCUUCCGGUCUGGGAUUUGGACCAAGUCCAAUUCGGGGCAAAAAAGGACAACAAAGACGCCAAACGUAUGAAUCACGCCCGUUUGCUGGACUUGGUUUUUCUUCUUUUGCUUCUUACAUGCUUCUUGUGGUGGGCGGUAAAGGAGGGUCGGGUGGGUAAAACAGAUCUUUUACGCUGUGGCGAACGGACUGACCUCAUGGGACGUUCCCGAUAGGCUUAGAAGGUGUUCUACAACAGGCAAAAGAAAGACAAUUCUCACUGUGCCUGGUUCACUGGGUAUGAAGUGAAUGCCACUACCGUACCGUACUGUAUGUAUUAAAGGUGACUCAACGGGUAGUAUUUGGGGCAAAAAAA